UGUAUUAGCAGGGAAGUUUACCAUCCUGGGCCAUGGUUCUCCACCUCCCUUAUCUAUAGGUAACAGAAGUGACCAAGCUAACACUUUAUACAAUAAUGUUGUUGGGCUUUUGGUCUCAAUUUUGUCUCCAGUCUUCCGCACGUAUAAGCCAUAUGAGAAGGUUAUGUUAAUCACGAUUUGGGAGCUGAUCCUGUGCUUAGGAAGGUGCUGCCCAAAGGAUUUGUUUGAAGUAAUCCAAUGUUAACACCUACAGCACUGGCUUUUCUCCAACCUAGAACCCUAAACUCUGCCAAGUGAUCUUUGUGCCCGAGUCCCCUUUGUCUUUCACCUUUUCUUUGAAAUUUUCUAUUAGCGUUUCCCCCACAAGCUGUGGGGUAUAGUGAAAUUCAGCAUGUUUUAACAAAUGCCUUAGUAGAAAUUAAGCCUGUCAAGCUUCCCAGUGCUGUACUUUCCUGCCGUGUUUGCAUCCUCGUGAUGCUUUUGGGGCAUGUAAUGCUCUUGUUCUUGUUUCUACGAGGGUCAGUCUGCAGCUGAACUACUUAUGUUCCUCUUUCUGCUUAAGUUUUACUCUCUUGGGGCAUUUGUUUCAAGUGGAUGGCAAAACUUAAUCACUGUUUUUAGGUUUGAGUUUCGGAUGGAAGCUUGGGAAAUUGUAGCUUGCAUGGCUGUUGAACCUACAUUUUCUGAAGACUGGACUCUUCAAUAUGAUUCUCACCCCUUUGCUGAUGCAACAAAGGGUGACGACUUACUCCCGGCGGGGACUGAGGAUUACAUUCAUAUAAGGAUCCAGCAACGAAACGGAAGAAAGACACUAACAACUGUUCAGGGAAUUGCAGAUGACUAUGACAAGAAGAAACUUGUGAAAGCUUUCAAAAAGAAAUUUGCUUGUAACGGUACCGUGAUUGAACAUCCUGAAUACGGUGAAGUUAUCCAGCUUCAAGGUGACCAGAGGAAGAACAUUUGCCAAUUCCUCUUGGAGAUUGGCAUUGUCAAGGAAGAACAACUGAAAGUUCAUGGUUUCUAAAAUACGUGUACUCUGAUGAAGAACCCUGCCGUAUUUGGUCUUACCCAGCCUGGCUCUUCUGUGAAAAAUGAAUCUUUGCAGUGAAUGGACUUCCCUGUUACCUGAACAUUUAAAAUUUGAUUCAGAUUUGCAUGACUGCGUGAAACAUGUGGUGUGUAGAUUAGAAACACAUAAGAAAACUUCGGUAAGGUGGUAAUAAAGACACUUGUAAACUUUAACACAUUUCCAAUGGAAAUGUUUUAGCAAUGAUUGUUCAGUUUACUACUCUCCACCUGACUUAAAUGUGUGGGAUGUAUUAAAAUAGUGUGUGAUGUUGCUUAGAAAUAAAAGUUUAUUCAUAUAUUUUCUGGGAUAUCUGAAAUGCUUUAGCUUAAGUUUUAAACUAGCACAGCAGCCUUACUAAAGAAUGGCUAAAAUGUUUUGUGGCAAGCGUAGCUUGCUGUUCAUUGAAUAAAUUGGAAAAUCUACAUGAUGAAGUAUUAGCUAAUUAAUCAGUAGAUUAGCUUGAUGUGAUCUUAUCUUGGAGCUGUAAGACUAGAGCUUUAAAGUCUUUCGUGUAGGUGCAUCUUAGCAGCAUAAGACGUAAAUUGUUUGCUGAGCAAGUGGAUCUUCUCUAAAAUUUAAUGCAGUGACUAUGAAAUAUUAGUAUUAAGCAUAGUAGGACUAAAAUAAGCUGAAGUCCUUAAGGCUGCUAUUACUGCAAACAUGUUAUACAUCUAGUUCUUACAUAGUACUCCCAAAACAUUUUAAGGAAGUGCAUCGGAUUUUGCAUCUCUUCUGUCACCAAGUGAAGGGAAAAGUAAUUGAGUUGGCUUCUGCCAUGACUGUGCAUUUACUGUUGGCAAGCAGAGUGCUUUAAUUAGCUGGUAGUGUAAGCUGUGGAAGUAAGGAAGGGAACAGGCUCUAUAUUAACUUUUUUCUUUUUUUUCCCCUGGUAUGAAAAGUUUUGCCAUGACUAAUGGUUAAUAUGGAGGGUUUGGGUGUUACUACAGAAAGCUGAUUUAGUCCACUUUUCUAGCAGGCUGUUCCACCAUGCUUUUCAUCUAGUUUUAGUUAGCUGUAGGCAUUCAGUAUUCUGCUUUUAAGACAUGUCUCUUUACAGAAUGAAAUUACUUCAUUUGGUAAAACAUGCAGAUCUUAUCUUCCUUGUGAGAUAGACUUGGAAAUUUUCUCUGAAACAAUUCAAAACAUGCUGAGCUGGUAAACCAUAAGAACCAUGUUACAGAUCUUGUAAUACUGUGUAUUCUCUGGAAAGGAAGAAAGACAUUUCUUUACUGCUAAGACUUACUGAUAACUUAGAAAAAAAAACCCCAACCUGAUAACUACCUAUGUAAACGUCAAGAAUAGGCAAAAUUAUAUUACUUAAUAUCACCUCUGCCUGUACUUUGUUUCCUGUUAAGACUUGCCUUUCUAAACAGAAAUGCUCAGUUUUAACUCACUUGAACCUUUUCUUAAGAUUUCUGAAUUCAGGUAUGAACCUUUGGCACUAACAACAAUUAGAGGCGCAUUAUAGAGCAUUCAUAUGACAAUUUCUUUCUCUGUCCGGUCUAGACAAUUCCACCGGUAAGAAUCCAGUGUCCGGUCUCUCAAACCUCCACAAAUUCUGCUUGGUGUUACAGAUCUUAACUGUUCCAGAAAAAGGAUGUUCCAGAAGAUCCUAUACUGUUAAGGUAUAAUGUGUUCAGGAGGAGGAAGAGGGAAGGUCUGCAAAACAUGAAAUUCCAGCACACAGAACGAAAAUCCAAAGAAUAAGUCUUAUGCAAGUCCUGCACAUUAGCAGAAUAAAAUCAUUGUACUGCAAGUUUACCUAGUCCUGAUUCAUAGACGCUAAAUUAAUUAAUCCUUUGGGGGUACAUAGCACUUAGUGAUUUUCAUUUUAUUAAAUGCCAGAAAAAAUGGCAUUCUCAUUUAAAGCUUGCUCUCCUGCCCAAGAGGAAAACCAAACAGUAUCUUCUCCUGUUUCUGUGGUAUUACAGGAGUACUUCUAGUGGGUUUUUGAAUUGGAGAUUAGCAAAUGAUUAGCAAGUCUCAUGUGUUACUGAGUCAGUCUUCAUUUCAGAUGGCAUUCCAUUAACUUUUACUUCCUAAGCUUGAGUCAUUUCUCCAUAGUCAUUCUGCUUGGAAUAAAUAAGAAAAACCUUUGUUUUCUUCUUACUCAUUUAAAAGUCCUUUCGGAUAAGAAAGAACUUUGCAGUUGACAGGUGGCUUGGUUUUUAAGCUCUAGAAGAGCUGCUUGUCUUUUGACCUUUGAAGGGCAAAAUCAAAAGGAGAGGGAAUAAGAAGUAACACAUCUGAAGUUUAAAUAAAUGAGAUUUGUUGUGGCAACAAUCUUUCUAGAAGAAAAGCAGAAAUUUUUGUCCCUGAAGUCUUUUAAACUAGAAUGAUGUCUCAGUAAGAUUGUAACUAGACUUGUUAGAAGUGCAAGCCUCUGUGUGUUCUGGAGGAAAGGCUUCAACAAUUUCAUGUUUUAUCAUCUCAUGCUGAAACUUCUUUGUCAAAGCUCAGCCUAUUUGGAAUAUAUAUCCAUGUUUCAAGAAUGCUGAAAAACAUGGAAGAUUUUGGGAAAGAACUGUUUAAAUUACAGGCAUGAAAAGCCUGUUUUCACAGUGAAGGUAGGUUUCACUCUCCAUCUAUUCCAAAAUAGGUUAAGAAAUGGUAAAGGAUGUGGCUCAUAAUUGUCAAGGCACUAAAAGGGAGCUAACAAUAGAAAAUACUUAUAAAACCCACUAGCAGGACUUGAGACUGGGCAAGCUCAGACUGCAAAGAGCGGUGGCUGCUUUUUGUUGGAAUAUUGUGAAUUCUGUCUCUUUCAGAUCUCCAAAUCAAGAUCGCUGCCUUUGUGAUAUCUAGGCUUAACCACAAGCUGCAAUGGGAUGUAGGAACUGCUGUUUCAAAUUCACAGCCUUGCUGUGCAUAGUUAUAUUAGGCUGUUGUAGCUGAUUCUUUUAGCUGAUACACUGGAGUAAGGUGUUGCAUAAAUAAGUUAAUCGAAUUGUCUGUUCAGACCCUACAUCUACUAAAUGCAGCUAUGAACAAUGAAACCAUCACUUCCCAAAUGGUGGUAGCAGUCCUUAUUUGUAGAAGAUGAGAUUUAGUAAUUUAAGUCUGUAAGCUGGCUACUUCCUCCUUGUGUGAAUUACUGGACCCUUGACCUUCACCUGUGGUCUGCUAAAUCUGACGAUGUGUUUCAGAUGAGCGUGAAGACCACAACUAUGGGCAGAUUAGCAAUAAUUUUCUCAAGUGAAAAACCUUUGAAAAGAGUAGUGCCUAGAUUGUGUAUGCAUACUAUUCAUUGGUCAGUGGCUUUGCUUAAAACUUACUUCCCGUACUACAUUCUUGCACAGCCUAAAUGAAAAGCAUUUUGUUCUGGAGAACUUUUUUGGAAAGGGAGGAGGGAAUACCACAAAAAAACCCAAAACAAACAAAAAAACCCACUAGCACCUUAGGAAAUAAGUUUAUAUCUUAAGUCUGUUUUCAUUAACUUAGAUUCACCUGGACUGCAAGACCUCUAUAACAUGUUUGUUUCUGUGUCUUUAAGAAUUCUAAUUAAAAUUCAUUGAGAGCUUGGCAUUUAAGGUUCUAAAUAUAUCUAAAGCCAUUAUAAAACUUAGAAUUGUGAAGAGCUGUUGAAGCUUAAGUUUUAAAUAUUUGAAAUAAUUAAGCAGAGCUCUGCAUUUUGUCCUGUUCUGCCGUCCUGCUUAUAAUCAGUAUGCAGUUGCCCUAAAGAUGCAUAUGGACAGAUGUACCUUGAGUUCCAGUCAGCAGUUGUCUUUUCCUUAAUCCUUCUGGAAGGCUCUAGUGUAUAGGCUCUGUGUGUUACACCCUUGGUUAAAGUGGCUCAGUAGUUCCUCUUACUAUGUGAAAGUAUGUACAAGAUUGGUAUUCAGCCAGUUAAAGAAUAUGGAAAGCCUUUUUAUAGAUUAUUUGGGACACAGUAGGGGUUACUGUCACUUCUGGUGUGUUCAGUGUUGAAUAGUGUCACUGAGUGUUCCUCUAAUUAGAGUGCUACUGCCACUAGGGAAAUGCAAGACCCUCUAAGACCACUUCCGUAUUUAAGUAUUAAGAAUUUGCCUUCCUCCUAAGACUCUCCAUACUUCUAUACUCAUUUUAGUUAGGAAUGUGUUCCCUGUGCCUGGCAACAUGAAGGUUACUUUCCAGUUGCAAGAUCAAAAGCUCUUGAGAUAAGGGAAGAAUGACAUAGUUGGUUUGUUUUCUGUACAGAUGCUUCAUGCCUACUGUUUCCAGUUCACAUUAAAAAAAAUCUCAAAAGAAGAUUUCUACUUGGCAUGCCUUUUUAAUGUUUGCUACAUGCCUGUGAUUGAUCUCUUUAUGAGCAAGUCAACCUGUAUUGGAGUAUUGCUAGAUAGUUGAGACAACAAAGUCUUUUGAAAUAAAAUGUACCAAUGUUAUUUUAUGUAUGCUUUUCUAAAACAAAUGGAAUUUUAUGCUGUUAUUAAGGAGGAUUUUUUUUUUGUGGAAGAUAGAAGUAGUGUGAUUUAAUAGCAAUGUAUGUGAUCCUCUUGUAAUCAGCUUUGAUUUCUUCAAGAAAUGUUGUAUUUCCUCUUUUAAAGUUCUACCAUAAUCUGUACUAACCAACUUAAAAACAUUGUGACUUGUACUGGGAUAUCAGAGCUCUAAAACAAGAUGAUGGUAUUGGCUUGAGGUCUAAAAUUUUGGGUAGAAGAGGAUCAUCUAGUUUCUUGAAUACGCAAAAUGCACAGUGUUUUAAGAUGAAGCCAGUAACACGUGCUCAGGCUUGGUCUCAGCUAUUUUAGAAUGUCUUGCAUCUGUGAAAUGUGACAGCACAUUUCUGAAAUUAAUUUUGGGUCUGAUUAAAAGUACUUGUGUAUAUAAUAAAUGCUUUUUUCUGUUU